AUGGAAACUCGAAUGAGUCAAAUGGCAACUGCCAUUAAUCGCCUGGAGUCCCACGUCUAUGGAAAACUGCCUUUGCAGCCUGAGGCAAACGCCAAAAAUGUAAGUGCCAUUACAUUAAGGAGUGGCAAAGAGGUAGAGGGGCCUAAGGCCACGAACCUGAAAAGUAAGAAUGAAAAUGAGAUCGAAAAGGAGAUGGAAGAAGAAGGACGCAUCCGUGGCAACCCUGAGGUAACUCUUACUCCACCAAUACCCAUUAAAUCUAAUUCACCUCCUUUUCCAUACAGGUUGGCGAAUACGAGGAAGGCGGAAAAGGAGAAAGAGAUCCUGGACGUAUUCAGAAAGGUGGAGAUCAACAUCCCUUUGUUGGAUGCGAUCAAGCAAGUACCGAAAUACGUGAAAUUCCUCAAGGACUUGUGCACCCAUAAGAGGAAGUUGAGAGGGGAUGAAAGAGUAGCGGUAGGGGAGAACGUGUCGGCCAUGAUCCAAAGGAAACUUCCACCCAAGUGUGGAGAUUCAGGUAUGUUCACGAUCCCCUGUAAGAUAGGGAAUACACCGAUCAGGAGAGCCAUGCUAGAUUUAGGGGCGUCAAUUAAUGUGAUGUCAAAAACUAUUUUUACUUCUCUAAACCUUGGGCCACUAAAAGAAACAACCAUUAUAAUCCAACUAACUGACCGCAUGAAUGCCUACGCGGAGGGGCUAGUUGAGGAUGUUUUAGUCCAGGUAAAUGAAUUAGUCUUUCCUGCAGACUUUUAUAUCCUGGACAUGGGAGAUGAAAAGUCGUUAAAUCUGUCGCCUAUUUUGUUAGGUAGACCGUUUAUUAGUACUGCCAGGACUAAGAUAGAUGUGAAUAAGGGUACUUUAUCAAUGAAAUUUGAUGGUGAAAGGGUGCAUUUUAAUAUUUUUGAGGCAAUGAAGUAUCCAGAGGAUUCUAACUCAAUCUUUGCUUUGAGUGUUAUUGAACCUCUUGUACAGGAAACGUUCGAGUUAGGUGGUGAAGACGCACUACAAGUGGCCCUAACACAGCAUCUUGAGUUGGGAGUGACCUCUGAUGUGGACAUGAGAGAUAAGUUGCACCAUGCUAUGGAAGCCUUACACUCACUCCCAACCAUUCAACCCAGGUAUGAGCUCACUUCCCUUUUUGUGCAGGAAACUCACGCAAAAUUAUUGCUAUUGGUGGUGCAGGCACCCGAAUUAGAAUUCAAACCUCUCCCGAAGCAUUUGAAGUAUGUAUUUCUGGGAGACAGAGAGACACUUCCUGUGAUUAUCUCUGCUCAUCUGUCUCCAAGUCAGGAGGAAAGAUUGGUGCGACUCCUUAAAGAUCAUAAGGAGGCAAUUGGGUGGAAUAUAGCCGAUAUCAAAGGGAUAACCCCGUCCUUGUGUAUGCACCGGAUAAGACUCAAGGAUGAUGCGAAAUCGGUGAGGCAAGCACAGCGAAGACUGAACCCCUUAAUGAUGGAGGUUGUGAAGAAGGAGAUAUUCAAACUCUUGGAGGUGGGGAUCAUCUUCGCUAUUUCGGACAGGUACUUCCAGAUCGCGAUAGUACCGGAGGACCAGGAGAAGACCACGUUCACCUGCCCAAUUGGUUUUUACAGGCGAUUCAUCAAGGAUUUCUCGAAAAUCGGAGCACCCCUAUUCAGGUUACUGCAGAAGAACGUGCCAUUUGAUUUCACUGGUGAAUGGAAGGCGGCCUUUGAUACAUUGAAGGAGUCGUUGACAUCACCGCCCAUCAUUCAACCCCCAGAUUGGAGCCGCCCAUUUGAGAUAAUGUGCGGCGUUAGUGAUUACGCCGUGGGGGCCGUGUUAGGGCAAAGGAUAGGCAAAGCGGCACACACGAUCUACUAUGCAUCAAGAGCAUUGAGUGGAGCCCAACUUAAUUACUCCACGACAGAGAAAGAAUUACUUGCCGUUGUUUUUGCACUAGAAAAAUUUAGCUUUGAGGUACCUGUUAGCGAAGAAGGAUGCCAAACCGAGGCUUAUAAGGUGGAUCUUGUUCCUGCAAGAGUUCGACUUAGAAAUCAGGAAUAA